UACUCAUAAAGCCACCAUGAAGUCCCCACGCCCACGGCCUCCAGCCCUAGCGCCUCCGCUCCUCUCCACCGCCGCCACCCCGUCCCCGCAUCCUCUCCCACGCGAAGACCGCCGCCGCCCGUCAAGAUGGUGCUGCAGAACGACAUCGACCUCCUCAACCCGCCGGCGGAGCUCGAGAAGCUCAAGCACAAGAAGAAGCGCCUCGUGCAGUCCCCCAACUCCUUCUUCAUGGAUGUCAAGUGCCAGGGCUGCUUCAACAUAACAACUGUGUUCAGCCACUCUCAGACCGUGGUGGUGUGCCCUGGCUGCCAGACGGUGCUCUGCCAACCCACCGGAGGAAAGGCGAGGCUCACCGAGGGAUGCUCCUUCCGCCGGAAGGGCGACUAAGCUGCACGCCUGUUUAUGGGAAAAUGAAGCCCUGCUGAACCUUACUUUUCAAGUAACUAGUUAUCCUGAAUGUGUACUGGUCAAAUUUUGUUAAUUAUGCUUGCCCGUUUGCCAGCCUGAACGUUGUACCAACGUGUUCUAUGUCAUGCACUUUUUGAGUCGCCUGUUGUUGGUGCUUCUGUUUGUCUGGCUGCCUGGUGAUAUCUAAGUUUGGUUCUUGUUAUGUAGUAGUAAUAGCCUGCUGCAUUCUCUUGA